AUGAUAGCGGACGUGUACAACGCAUUUUUACCUUCGAAAAGAUUUAGUAUUGUCGCCUACAUAUGUUUAAUUACUCAUUUACUUUUUGGAUUCAUAUUUUCUAUUGUUACUGCAGUUUGGGAUGCAAAUGAAAACGGGAAAUUUUCUUGCUCUGUUGAUGCUAAAAGUACGGCCACUUACAAGAAACAGGUCGAUCAGGCAUGUUUGGCAAAAUACGACCAAGCUUAUAACUCUCCUGUGGCUUUGUAUGGCUUUGUUUUACUGAGUACUGGAUUCACAAUUCUUGUCAGUGUUAUUUACUCACUGAUAGUGCGUACUCGUGUCGACGAAAUAGUGUCCCGCCCUGAACGGCAAACUGAUGGCGAAGCCGUCAUGAAAAUCGUGGACAAAACAAGAAAUAAGAAUCGUGGACAAAACAAGAGAACUGUGUAUGUUCUCUAUUUCUACUUUGUCCACCUCGUUCUUCGAAUGUUACUUGGGAUCAUUUUAAUUGUUUUACAGUACACAUAUUUCUAUCCCAGUGGUUUCGAUUCGAAAUUCAGCUGUAGUUUCCUGCCAACCGAAGUAACAUCCAACAUCAAUACACCACAGAAUGAGAGUCAUAAUUCGAAUAGAACAUUAGUAACAUGCGAGAAUGCGGCAGCGUCGGAAAAAUGGUUAUGGGGUAUAUUUGUGUCUGUAAUAAACAGUGUGGUUGCCUUAGUAACAUUUUUGGAAGUGAUUUAUCUUUUGCCACGUUUACCAAUCCUCAACCGUCAUUAUGAAGUUGGUUCAUGGACACGUGAUACCCAAUUUGUCACCACUUUCUUUCUUCGAAACCAAGUCGCUAUUGCGCCAUAUAAUAACAACCUUCAGGAAUAUAUACAUUUUUACAAAGAACAAGUUUUGAAUCGUUCUCGUGCACCUGACAUAAGCUGUGGACCAAAAGCAUGUUUAGACGAUCUCUAUAUUGACGUUGUUAUCCACACUGGACGAGCUCAACACGAAUUUUUAAAAGAAAUGGACAGACACGAGAUCUACGAUGUUUAUAUGGAAGUUCCUGUAACCUCAAUACGUUUAGAAAAGAUUAAAGAUUUAUUUCGUACUAACGCAGAUACAAAGGGUAAUUUUCCUCGCAGCAUUCUGGCGAUUGGACGUCCUGGAAUUGGAAAAACGGUCUUAACCGAAAAAAUUCUCCGUGACUGGGCUAAUGGCGUUGAUGAAUAUUACUAUGACAAGAUUGCCUUGCUUUUUAAAUUCAGCUGGUUCAAUAACAAUAACAAUAAAUUAGAAAACAUAUCCCUGAAGAAAUUUCUUUGCUUUGGGACGGGACUGAGCGAUGAAAAAUGUGAAAGUAUUUAUGAAGAAAUAACUAAACACCCACAAAAGGCAAUCCUUAUUUUUGAUGGUUUGGAUGAAUAUCACGGCGACCUCAUUAAUUGCCUAGACCAAUCUAGAAUAAUUCUAAACGAUCCUGAUAUUUGCAUGUCGGCAAUGAAAUUAUUCGUCAAGCUAGUUUUGGGUGAUUUGUUGAAAGGAGCAACGGUUGUAGUAACAAGCAGACCGACUGCAGAUGAUUUUUAUUCGAGACUUGAUUUUGAUCGAAAUGUGGAGAUUAUUGGUUUCACCUCAGAUAAAAUUGAAGAAUAUGUCAAGCGCUUUUGUGACCAUAAUAACACGAGCGACCUUAAAAUGAAGCUAUUGAACCACAUAAAAUGCUCAUCAGAACUGUUAAACUUAUGUCACAUUCCAGGCAACUGCUUUAUAGUGUGUGCUACCCUCUCUGGAUGUCUUAGUGACCCAAUAAAUGAAACUGGUGCUCUUCCAACACUGACAGAACUUUUCCAGACAACCGUAGAUCAUUUUGAAAAAUAUCAUCACAGAAAUACAGACAUAAACCCUAUGACAGAGGAAACGUUAAAGGAACUUCAACAAUUAGCAUUUUGUGGUAUGGAGAAUGGGCAAUUGAUUUUUGAUGAAGAAUUAUUCGACGAGCAAAUGACAAAAUCUUGUUUGUUGAACAGUUUAUCCAACCCUAUUUUCCGACUUGAAAAGCAAUUUUGCUUUAUCCAUUUAACCAUACAAGAAUUUCUUGCCGCAAGACACGUGACUGAAACAUUUGCUCCACCCGAAAUAAAGAAGUUUAUUUCCGACCAUGUUGAAAGUGGCAGAUGGCAUUUAGUUCUUCAGUUCAUUGCAGGACAUUUGGGCAAGAAAAUCAAGAAUUUUGAUAGGAAAUACAAGGAUUGUAUUUUUGCGUUUGCGGAAGGCUUGGAAGUUACCAAUUGUAAAAUUGAAGCUACUUACUUUGAAGUGUUUAUAAUGAAGUGUUUAAAAGAAGCGGGCGAUGAAGAAAUUACCAAAGAAGUUUGCAAAACAACUGCUAUAAACGAUUUGGUAGAACUACGCACUUCAACACUUUAUAAUCUUUCUUCAAGUGAGUGGGCGGCAGUGAAUUUUGUUUGCAAACACAUGACAAAAUUGGCAAACUUAACAUUGUUACAAUUUGCCGUAGAUUGUUGUCCGGAGGUUCUAGGAUUGCUACGAAAAAGAUGCCUAAAUAAACUAGAAAUAGAAGGUGUAUCACAUAGCGAGGUAUUUAGCGCAUUAAUGGAAUUAAACUGCAAAUUGGACCACAAACACACGAAGCUGACUUCGUUAACAGUUAAGAUUUCUCCACAGUCUCGUUUACCCACCAUGCGCAAUUUUAUUGAGAACGGGCAUGCGAGCCAACUUGAGCAGUUAACUUUACCUUCAAAUGAAAUUGACCCGCAUCAAAUUUCGAAACUUUGUGAAGUAUUUAACAAUGGACAUUGUCCAAAUCUUACACAUUUGAAUCUUCGAAAUAAUUCAUUAUAUGAUGUGGGUGCAAGGGUGUUGUGUGAUACUCUGACAAAAGAGCUUUGUAAACUUAAUACAUUGGAUGUCAGUGCGUGCAAGUUAACAGAUCGAUGUAUUUCUACGUUAGUCAAGGCACUGCAAGAUGAACGUUGUCAACUGACUGAUCUAUCACUGAAAAUGAAUGCCAUAGGUGAUGAAGGUGCAUGCAUGUUGUUUGAAGAUGCCCUGACAAAAAAGCAUUGUAAGCUUACUAGGUUGUGUCUUGACAAGUGUUCGUUAACAGAUCAUUGCAUACCCAGUUUGUGUACAGGAUUGGAAGAUGAACAUUGCAAGCUAACAAAAUUGUGGCUUGGGGCAAAUAAUUUUACUGAAAACGGCAGGAAGUUGCUUCAUGAUAUAACGAAUUAUAAAAGUUGUAAAGCUAGGGAUUUACAAAUUGAAGUGUCAAUGGAUCAAG